AGGCUGUCCUGCAGCCCCACGAGGACUAAGUUUGACCGAACAAAAAUUGGUAGCCAGUGAGCGAAUCAGCGACACGAGACCGUCAAAUGAGAGACAUGAAUUUUGCCAAACGAUUGAGAGAUCGUGAGGGGAUUCAAUCGCAGAUCUCGUUCUGGACAGGUUGUUGUGGGGGGUGGUGGGUCGAACCGAGGAAAACGCGUGGGAACUGGGAGAAAACCAAAGGAGCGUGGUCAAUUGGAACGACAGGAAGGGUGGCAGAAGGAAGUCGACGAGAGAGGAGAAAUGGCCGACCGCGAGAGGAAUGGAAAGGACCGGACGAAGACGCGAGGAAAAGAAAGACGAAGCACCAGAGAGCAGAUCCAAAAAAAGAAAAGACGGGACCAGCCUGAGGGCGCAGGCACCAACACGGGGGCGAUGUUUCACCCUACGCCUCUUGCCUCUCGUCUCAUUCUUUCACCCAUUCUUUCGGUUCCUGGGAGACCGCAAUUCGUCGAUCCGUUCCUGCAGGCAUUCCUUCCAAAGGCCGGUGGAAAUUGAUUCAUUGCCCAGCUCCUUAUUACCCGGCCCUAUGACCAGUCUCCGGAGGGCAUCUAUCACAUCCUCUGUGACCGACCAAGACAGCCUUACGGCUCCGACGUGUGUGCGCGGAUCGAUCUCGAUCCAUUUCGCCCUGCAAGUCGCCUAUUCGCCAAGCGCAAACGGUCUAGCCCCCACUUAUUCAGGCGGAAGUCAAGUCUUGUCUGUCUUUGGUUCGGUCUGAGAGCCAGUAGUAGUGGAAAUUGAGAGAGACCCGGUCUGGCUCUGGUUCAGGGGGUCGUUCGUGGCGAACACUGUCAGCGCGUUUGACGGAUUUGAGUGGUUCUCGAUUCCGCCGGUCCUGCGUCGUGGAUGGUGAUUGGAA